UAUCUUCAUGCUUUUAUUAACAGGUUACAUUUCAUGCGAAAGAGGUUCCUGUGGUACUGAAAUGCAUGGCAUGUACCUGCUCUGCUGGGAAAGCACUGUGCAAUCACAUUGUGGCAUUACUGUUUCUAAUUGCUCACUACAGUACCAUGGGCUUCAAGACAGUGCCAUUGCCACUGUCAUGCACCAGCUCACUGCAGACCUGGCACCGGCCUAGGACACAGGGAAUUGCACCCGAAGCAACAAAUGACAUUGUAGUGUGUAAACCAGUACCAAAGAAGACCAAGAAUCGUGCCCGUACUGGUGUGAAAUGUACACUGUACAGAGCAUAUGGUGGGCCUCUUCCAGAUCCUCACAUCAUGGCCAGUGGUGAGAAACUGCAAGACAUACGCCCACAACCAGGCAUUUGCAAAUUGCUACACAGGCUUGAAGGUCUUAAUUUUGUGGACUCUAAAUUUGGCCCUGUGCCAUUUGGGUCUGUGCUCUCUUACCAGUGCCCUCCUGAGAUAAGUAGAGACAUUAUUAAACACCAUGGUGCCCCUGUAUUUCCUCAGCUACCUGUUGAUGGUUACAAUUUUAAAUUUCAAAUAAAUUUUGAGCCCAACUACAAGCAACAAUGCCACUUAGAGAGCCUUAAGGUGUCAAGGGAGAUCUCUGCUGCUAUUGAGGCAGAAACACGACCACAGUCAGAAUGCCAGCUGUGGAACCAGUGUGGGAUAAUCAUCCACCCUGAUGCACCUCACCUUGCAGCCAGCCCUGAUGCCAAAGUCUUCAACCCAAGAGAAACACCACCAUUCGGAUUGGCAGAGGUAAAGAGUUGCGAUGUUGAAGAGGUUUCUCAAGUUAAACACCUGAUCACAGUUCAAGGCCAGGCCUGCCUUAAGAAAACCCACAAAUAUUAUUAUCAGGUUCAAGGCCAGCUGGCCUUAAGCGGACUUCAGUGGUGUGAUUUCAUUACAGAUACCCACACUGACUUCACAGUUGAAAUAAUCUUUAGGGAUGAGGAGAUCAUCAACUCAAUGCGACAGAAUCUGGAUUAUUUUUAUCAUAACAUCUACAUGGAUAUAUCAUUACAUUGA